GGAAGAGGUGCUAAUUGGAUGUUAUUAAACUAUGAAAAAGAAACAUUUUGAAUGCUUUCUAUCGCAAAUUGAAACGUUUCAAAAUUUGAAAGUACAACUGGAGCAAUAUUCAACGAGUGUUGAACUUGCUGAGGCAAUAUUGAAUGCAAUCGCAGAAGAAGGAUAUAUUGAUGGUUGCACUGUGGCAGAUUUAGGUUGUGGUCCCGGUAUAUUACUUCUGGGAGCGGUUAAACUUGGUGCAAGUUAUGGAUUAGGUGUUGAAAUUGAUGAAGAAGUAAUCAAAAUUUGUCAAAAUAAUAUUGAACAUUGUGAUAUGGAAAGCAGUGUUGAUGUGGUUUGCUUAGAUGUUACAAAAAACAUCAGCGCUUUAAAGCCUACUUUUGAUACUGUUAUUAUGAAUCCACCAUUUGGUACCAAAAAUAAUGCAGGCAUAGAUGUACAGUUUGUUAGAGCGGGUUUGUCGAUUCUAAAGGAAAGUGGAAAACUUUUCUCGUUACACAAAAGUAGUACAAGGCAAUAUAUUUCUAAAUUUGUCGUCCAGAAACUAUCUGAUGUCAGUGCUGAAUGCAUUGCGCAACUAUGUUGGAAUUUGCCUGCAACAUACACAUAUCAUAAGCGACAGUUCGUAGACAUAGAAGUUGAUUUAUGGAAAUUCUCCGUUGAUUGCAAAAAUAUUUCGCCAGUUGAAUGA